CGGGGCUGCGCGCGGACCCCUGGGCCACUCCCGCCGCUCCCCAGCCUUUCCUCCAGUUCCCGGGCGGCCGCUGGAGCCGGUUGCUGCUGCGCAACCGGGGAGUAGGAGGUGCAGGGCCGCCGCCACCCGUAGGCGUGAGUAAAGGUGUGGACUCUACCUCGGAUUGGUUGUAUUGGCUGCUUCAAUUAUGAUGAUGAUGAUGACGGAGAAUUUAAAAACCUAGAGGUUAGCAGCAACUUUACUAAGAAGGAGGUGAUGAGGCUCUGACCCCAUAGUCUGCCUCGUUCCUUCAUCCCAAGCCGCCUCACAGCUAGUAACAUAACGAAAAACCCUGUUGGAGGCCAUGCGUCUGUGAACAAAGGAGAAGGGACAGCGGUGAGCAUGUCAGCCCUGAACUGGAAGCCCUUCGUGUACGGAGGCCUGGCCUCCAUCACAGCGGAGUGCGGUACUUUUCCAAUUGAUUUAACCAAGACACGGCUCCAGAUUCAAGGCCAGAAGAAUGAUGCAAACUUUAAAGAAAUCAGGUAUCGAGGAAUGUUGCAUGCGUUAGUGAGGAUAGGCAGAGAGGAAGGCCUGAAAGCACUGUAUUCAGGGAUUGCUCCUGCCAUGUUGCGCCAGGCUUCCUAUGGCACCAUCAAGAUAGGCACCUACCAGAGCUUGAAGCGGUUAUUUGUCGAGCGCCCGGAAGAUGAAACCCUUCUGAUAAACGUGGUCUGUGGAAUUCUCUCUGGAGUCAUAUCCUCAACCAUUGCUAAUCCAACUGACGUUUUGAAAAUUCGGAUGCAAGCACAAAACAGCACCCUUCAAGGAGGAAUGAUAGGCAACUUCAUUCACAUUUACCAGCAAGAGGGAACAAGAGGACUUUGGAAGGGCGUGUCCCUUACUGCUCAGAGGGCUGCUAUUGUUGUUGGUGUGGAGCUGCCGGUCUACGACCUCACCAAGAAGCAUCUGAUUCUCUCGGGCUUGAUGGGAGACACUGUGUAUACCCAUUUCCUCUCAAGCUUCACCUGUGGGCUGGCGGGGGCCCUGGCCUCAAACCCUGUCGAUGUGGUGAGGACACGUAUGAUGAAUCAGAGAGUCCUUCAAGAUGGCAGAUGCCCUGGCUACACAGGUUCCCUGGAUUGCUUGUUACAGACAUGGAAGAAUGAAGGGUUUUUUGCUCUAUAUAAAGGGUUUUGGCCAAAUUGGUUGAGACUUGGUCCUUGGAAUAUUAUUUUCUUUGUGACAUAUGAGCAGUUGAAGAAAUUGGAUUUGUGACAAGUCAAGACUGCAUGAGACAUCCCGCUGAAAAUGCUCACGUCUGAAAUAGCGAAGCUUCCUGUCUUUCCCACUGCUUCUCACUGCUUGGCCCGCCACAGAUUCUGAGGUGUGAGCAACAGUUCUGAACACUGGGUUAGCUCGGAUUGCUGUGUCCUGGCAUCAGACGCUCUGCACCAAAUGUUUAAUGGCAUAGACUGUAACAUCCAAACAUUAGUCCUUACCAUUCAAGUGCCCUUCGACAUCAAAGAUAACAUGAAAUGCAUGUUUCUUGCUAAAGAAAACUUGCAUGAAGAUCAGGAACUGUGGACUGAUUCCCUCAGGGGAGAAUAACUCCUGAUGCAUCUCAGCUCAUAGCUGAGACUCCCAGACUGUUCGAAAGAAGCUCUUCGGAACCAUGGAAUGAAUAGAGCCUCCAAGAGGGUGUUAUUGUUCCUGAACUUCUGGGGGGGCUUUGGCUUUGUGUCUGCUGAAGAAAUUCACACAUGGAGACCUGGUAUACCCCAGGUAUAAACAGUGCAGGAUAUAGAUCCCUGGAAUAUUGCACUGCUUUCUAAUUUCUAAUUUUGGCAGGAUCUUUCACUUAUAAUAAGUGAUUUUUAAGCCUUUGACCACUCUACCUUUGUGAGGAAUUGUUACAAAGCAUUAACAUCUAAACUCAUGAUGGUGUGAUAGGUUGGCUUGGAAGGUGGCAAAGUCUGUGCUGGUGGGAGGUGUUUUUAAGCUACUUGGGUUCUGUCUUAAGUAAUGUUUGUAAUUUGCUCUGUGAAUUUAGCAAAGUUUCUAUUUCCCAAUCUGUAAAAUGGGGAUAAUAACCUCUAUUGAUAUUGAGGGUCAGGUGAAGAAGAUAGUAGCUGCUACUACUUGACUUGUAGGAUUAGUGUGUUUAUAUCAUGCUGUUAUACAGCCAUCAUCCCAGAAUAAAUGGUCCCUGUGUAUGGAA